CUGCUCCUCACUUCACCUGCAGUUUUGCCUACAUCAGGUAAGUGCUAAACUGCUCUUUCUAGAAGGACGACGCUAGUACUCAGUGCCCACACUAUACAUUUAAUGGAAAGUAUGCAUUGACUGACUUUUUACAAUGUUAUUUUUCUUUCAACAGUGGAGGUAUUGGACGUGUACGUUUAUUUUGACAUUUGAUUAUUUCUGAGUAAUAUUGGAUAGUUGAACUCUUGAAUGUCUUCAGAGAAAAUGUGUUUAAAAUAUGCAUGUUUUCUUUCCUCUUAGAUUAAGAAGGAAAACCCUUUGACCAGAACACCUUCAUCAUGACUCUUGUCUUCAUGCUGAGCCUUACCUCAGGACUGCUGUAUACAGUAAACGGUCAUCCCCUCGUAAGACAUCUCACAAAGUCAUAUCAUAAGAAUAGCAUUUCAAUAUGAAUAUUAUGACUGCUUCCAUUGCCAUACCAAAUAAGUUGCAUGAGUGUUACAGUGGAAGUCGGAAGUUUACAUACACUUAGGUUGGAGUCAUUAAAACUCGUUUUUCAACCACUCCACACAUUUCUUGUUAACAAACUAUAGUUUUGGCAAGUCGGUUAGGACACCUACUUUGUGCAUGACACAAGUAAUUUUUCCAACAAUUGUUUAAAGACAAUUGCUUGACAUCAUGAGAAAAUCAAAAGAAAUCAGCCAAGACCUCAUAAACAAUUGUAGACCUCGACAAGUCUGGUUCAUCCUUGGGAGCAAUUUCCAAACACCUGAAGGUACCACGUUCAUCUGUACAAACAAUAGUACGCAAGUAUAAACACCAUGGGACCACGCAGCCGUCAUGCCGCUCAGGAAGGAGACACGUUCUGUCUCCUAGAGAUGAACGUACUUUGGUGCAAAAAGUGCAAAUCAAUUCCAGAACAACAGCAAAGGACCUUGUGAAGAUGCUGGAGGAAACUGGUACAAAAGUAUCUAUAUCCACAGUAAAAAUGAGUCCUAUAUCGACAUAACCUGAAAGGCCGCUCAGCGAGGAAGAAGCCACUGCUCCAAAACCGCCAUAAAAAAGCCAGACUAUAGUUUGCAACUGCAAAUGGGGACAAAGAUCGUACUUUUUGGAGAAAUGUCCUCUGGUCUGAUUAAACAAAAAUUGAACUGUUUGGCCAUAAUGACCAUCAUUAUGUUUGGAGGAAAACGGGGAUAGCUUGCAAGCUGAAGAACACCAUCCCAACCGUGAAGCACGGAGGUGGCAGCAUCAUGCUGUGGGGGUGCUUUGCUGCAGGAGGUACUGGUGCACUUCACAAAAUAGAUGGCAUCAUGAGGAAGGAAAAUUAUGUGGAUAUAUUGAAGCAACAUCUCAAGACAUCAAUCAGGAAGUUAAAGCUUGGUCGCGAAUGAGUCUUCCAAAUGGACAAUGACCCCAAGCAUACUUCCAAAGUUGUGGCAAAAUGGCUUAAGGACAACAAAGUCAAGGUAUUGAAGUGGCCAUCACAAAGCCCUGACCUCAAUCCUAUAGAAAAUGUGUGGGCAGAACUGAAAAAGCGUGUGCGAGCAAGGAGGCCUACAAACCUGACUCAGUUACACCAGCUCUGUCAGGAGGAAUGGGCCAAAAUUCACCCAACUUAUUGUGGGAAGCUUGUGGAAGGCUACCCGACACGUUUGACCCAAGUUAAACAAUUUAAAGGCAAUGCUACCAAUUCUAAUUGAGUGUAUGUAGACUUCUGACCCAAUGGGAAUGUGAUGAAAGAAAUAAAAGCUGAAAGAAAUCAUUCUCUCUACUAUUAUUCUGACAUUUCACAUUCUUAAAAUAAAGUGGAAAUCCUAUCUGACCUAAGACAGGGAAUUUUUACUAUGAUUAAAUGUCAGGAAUUGUGAAAAACCGAGUUUAAAUGUAUUUGGCUAAGGUGUACGUAAUCAUCCGACUUCAACUGUAUAUUAUUGAUUGUAAUGAUGUAAUAUCUUGUUUUUGCAGGCUUUGAAUGAGGUGACAACUGGAAAUGAGGACAUGGACACAACAGGUAGGCCACAAAUCCUAUUUCCUUGUUAUGAGAAGACAAGCCAAGAUGACAUCUGAAACAGUAAUUCAACCUGCUACAUGAUGCUGUUAUUGUAAGAUUAGUGUAGAUUGCCUUUAAUGUUUUGUACAGGUACAUUUGACAGUGAUAUUGACGUCUCCGACUUAAUUGAGGCAGCCAACGAAAACUUAGGUAAGAUCUUAAUUUAAGAAUGUGUAUAAAAUCUAUUGAAUGUUGUGUACGCUAUGCUGCCAAUGCACAGACAUAUGUUUUCAUUCUAUUUCUAUGGUCCAAUAAUGACACCAUUAAGAUGAAACCAUGGCAAUGAACUCUGGAUUGAUGUAUUUACCAUUAUUUCCUACCGUAGGCAUUGACAGACAUGAUCCACUCAUCCUAUUUGGAGAUAUUGCUAUGGAAACUGGGAUUCGGAAUGCUUCUCCAUGCACAGCUAGAGAUUGCAAGUGGCCCAAAAGCAGGAAUGGGGUUGUGACUGUGCCUGUGUAUAUCUCCUCUUCAUACAGUAAGUGUAUUUUUGAAUUCAUUUCGUAUAGUGGCCAUUCACACCUAACUUUCAUUAUGAUCGCCUUACUGGUGUCUAAUUUAAAGGGUCCUAAAUUCAGUGUGGUGAAAAUGAUCUUAUUCUUUCUUUACAGCUUUAGAGGAGCAAGAUAUCAUCAUAAAAGGACUGAUCUCCUUCCACCUGUCUACCUGCAUCCAAUUUGUGUGGUGGAAGCAGCAUCAAGAUUAUUUGUAUUUCCACCCUGGAAAUGGGUAUGUUACAAGUAGACAUUCAAAUGAAAAGGGAAUUCAUAUAAUGCAAUUGAGUCUCUAGUCUUUGUCUUUCCUAACACAAGACUGAUAAUCUAGAAGAUAAAACUGUCUGUGUGCUUGGCUCCUGUCUCUAAGGUGCUGGUCAUAUUUGGGACGUCGAGGUGGUCAGCAGGUGAUCUCCUUACAGCAACGUGGCUGUGUCCAUCAUGGUACGGUCCAGCAUGAAGUCCUGCAUGCUCUGGGCUUCCACCAUGAGCAGAACCGCAGUGACAGGGACAAUAAUGUCACCAUCGUCACAGAGAACAUCAGCAAAGGUAAGAGGUCUCCACUUUCUCUUUGUUUUUUAGAGGUUGCUGAUGUGUUUGUAUUGUCAGACUGAAAAUACUAAUGUCUUGUCACUGUGAAAAAUCUCUAUCUCUAAAUCUCUUAUUUUAGGCAAGGAACACAACUUCAGAAAGGUGGAAACGAAUAACUUGAUGACUCCAUAUGACUACACCUCUGUGAUGCACUAUGGAAGGUCGGUUUCUAGGACUAUUUGUAUUUAUUCAAGCUAAAAUAAACCUUCAAUCUCCCACCUACUGGUAUGCCACAGUUGUGCAUGUGCUGUGCAAUGAUAUGUCUUUCAGGUAUGCAUUCUCUAAAGAUUAUGGUAAGCUGCCAACCAUCAUUCCAAAGCCAGACUCUAAUGUUCAGAUCGGAGGGGCCCGACAGAUGAGUCGCCUGGACAUCGUGAGGGUCAACAGGUUGUACAAUUGCAGUGAGUAUAAAAGUUUUAUUUCAAUCAUGCAUUUCAUAACAUGAGAAUAAAUGUUUGUUUUUGUUAACACUGCUGAUGAUGGUGUGUGCCUUUAUGUUUUUUUGUAUUUUCACCCCAAUAGGAGAACACUUGACUAAAUGAAUUUAGAAGACUACAGCAGAGAUUUCAACCAACAACUAUUCGAAACAAAAUCAAAUACCAGCUAAUCAAUUAGCUUCUAGAUGAGGUCAAAUUCACUUCGCACAAUACUCAUCCCAGUCAUUGCUUUAUAUUGUGUUGUGCAUGCUUCACCACCCAGUUUGGCGCAAUUAUUCUCUCACCCAAAUGUUGUUGUUUUUUUGUCAUGUUGACACUGUUAUUGUAGAUAUUAUUUUGGGUGAUUGUAAGACAUUUAGUACUCAUUGUUCUAUUACAUUGGUUGUAUGGUUAAUGUGAUUUCUUAUCCCAUCUUUCCCCCAUUUAUUAGCAUUCAGAAUCUUUACAAUUACUGUACUGUAUCUAGCUGCAUUCAUAUUUGCUCAAUAAAAGUUCACUGUAUAUACGCC